AUGAUCAUUUCUGAGUUUCAUCAUUUCAUCUUUUACAAGAAAAGGUCCUUGGCAACGCCGGCCACCUCAACGUGGUACCAAGGUCCAGUACUUUGUAUUCUCGGGGGAAGUCAAAAACCAAGAGUCAGCAAUGUUUUUCUUCUGGAAGACCCGUUGACCCUUAGGCUAAGGCGUUAUAAAGCACCGGGGCCAGCCGCGUCGUGCUGGGGCGGAAAUAUAUCCAAGAAGGUCCUGGGGCACCUUCCGACGUGCUAUCAGCAGCAUCACCCACACCAGGUUGCUGCUAUGUGGUGGUGUAGAGGAAAAUCCCGGCCCUUCACUGCGAGGAAUGCAGUGGAACCCAGCUGGACUUAUCCAGGCCAAGAGGCUUGUUCUCCACUAAAACCUUUGUUGAGGAAAAUGUGA